UUUGACCAGCAGAACUGCACUCUCAAGUUCCGCUCUUGGACCUACGACCACACAGAAGUAGAUCUUAUCCUCACCAGUGAUUUCGCCAGCCGUGACGACUUUACCCCGAGUGGAGAGUGGGACAUCGUCUCGCUCCCAGCACGCAAAAACGAGGACCCCAACGACAUAACCUAUCUGGACAUCACCUAUGAUUUUGUCAUCAAGAGGAAGCCUCUUUUCUAUACCAUCAAUCUGAUUAUCCCCUGUGUGCUGAUCACAUCACUAGCUAUCCUGGUGUUCUACCUGCCGUCAGACUGUGGGGAGAAAAUGACGCUUUGCAUCUCAGUGCUGCUGGCACUCACUGUGUUCCUGCUGCUCAUAUCAAAGAUAGUGCCACCUACCUCUCUAGCAGUGCCACUCAUAGGUUAG